CACCACAGAAGAUCUUCACGGAAUUGUUAUAAAUUUUUCGUAUUAAUACAAAUUCCAAGUUUACAAUGGGCAAGAAAAACAAAUAUAAGACAGAGGAGAAGCCGAAGCCUGUGGCUGCUGCACCUCCGCCCGCACAGCAACAACAGCAGCAGCAGCAGCCACAACAACAACAGCAGCAGCAGCAACAACAACAAAGACAACCACAACCAGAACGCUCCAGCUCCGGUACGUCUGGUUCUUCGGCCGGCCCGCAGAGCCGAGGCGGCCCACAAGACCGAGGCGGAUGGAAGAGCCAAGGCGGCCCGCAGGACCGAGGGGGCGCGCAGAGCCAAGGCGGCCCCCAGAGCCGAGGCGGCCCGCAGGACCGGGGGGGCCCGCAGAGCCAAGGUGGCCCGCAGAGCCAAGGUGGCCCGCAGAGCCAAGGUGGAUGGCAGAGCCGAGGCCCGCAGAGCCGAGGCGGCCCACAAGACCGAGGCGGAUGGAAGAGCCAAGGCGGCCCGCAGGACCGAGGGGGCGCGCAGAGCCAAGGCGGCCCCCAGAGCCGAGGCGGCCCGCAGGACCGGGGGGGCCCGCAGAGCCAAGGUGGAUGGCAGAGCCGAGGCGGCACGCAGAGCCAAGGCGGAAAUCAGAGCCAAGGUGGCCCGCAGAGCCAAGGCGGCCCCCAGAGCCGAGGCGGCCCGCAGAGCCAAGGUGGAUGGCAGAGCCGAGGCGGCCCGCAGGACCGAGGAGGCCCGCAGGACCGAGGAGGCCCGCAGAGCCGAGGCGGCCCGCAAGACCGGGGCGGCCCGCAAAGCCGAGGCGGCCCGCAGGACCGAGGUGGCCCGCAACAGCAGAGACAGGGUCAAGGUUCUUACCAAUCUCGUGGACCGCCUCAACAACAAGUCGCUUUGCCGCCACAACCUGCCGGCAGCAUUAAGCGUGGUACCAUCGGCAGAGCCGGACAGGUGGCCGUUAAUUAUCUGGACAUAAACAUGGAAAAAAUGCCACCUAAGGCUUACCAUUACGAUGUAAAGAUCGAACCAGAACGGCCCAAGAAGUUCUUUAGGCAAGCCUUCGAGCAGUUCCGCGUGAAUCAACUGGGCGGAGCCAUUGUCGCCUUUGAUGGGAGAGCCUCUUGUUAUUCGGUGGACAAGCUGAACACAAAAACGACUAAUGCUGAUGUGACUGUAACAGAUAUCCAGGGUCGUACACUGAAGUACAGGGUGGAAAUCAAGGAGACUAAUGAAUUGGAAGUCGAUCUAAACUCAUUAAGAAACUAUAUGUCAAAUAGAAUUUUUGACAAACCGAUGCGGGCCAUGCAGUGCCUCGAGGUAGUGAUGGCUUCGCCAUGCCACAGCAAAGCCAUUCGGGCCGGACGCUCCUUCUUUAAGAUGUCCGAACCGGGCCAGCGUCGGGAACUAGACGAUGGCUAUGAGGCACUGGUUGGCCUCUAUCAGGCCUUCAUGCUGGGCGAUCGUCCCUUUUUAAACGUCGACAUAUCGCACAAGUCCUUUCCGAUAGCCAUGUCGGUGCUCGAGUAUCUGGAGAAAUAUGGCUUGAAAUCGAAAAUUAACCGAGACACUAACUUAAGUAAUUCACGUCGCUUCAUCGAGCCGUUCUUGAAGGGAAUCAAUAUAGUUUAUACGCCGCCACCAUCGUUUGCCUCGGCGCCGCGAGUCUUCAAAGUAAACGGUCUGUCAAUGAAUCCGGCCAGCAGCCAGACGUUCGAGGUAGACGGCAGGAAAAUGACGAUUACUGAUUACUUCAAGUCUCGCAACUACGUGCUGCAGUAUCCGCAGCUCCACUGUCUACACGUUGGACCUCCCAUGAAGAAUAUUAUGUUGCCCAUCGAGCUCUGUCGCAUUGAGGCCGGACAGGCAUUGAAUCGUAAGGAUGGCGCCACACAGGUGGCACAAAUGAUCAAGUUCGCUGCCACGUCGACAAAUGAGCGCAAGUCCAAGAUCAUAAACCUACUCAAGUUCUUUGAGCACAAUUUGGACCCGACCAUCAGCCGUUUUGGCAUUCGUAUCGCCAAUGAUUUCAUUGUUGUGUCCACCCGCACCCUCAAUCCGCCUCAGGUGGAGUAUCAGGGCAACAGGUUGUGCUCGGUCAGAAACGGAUCAUGGCGCAUGGACAAUAUGAGGUUCUUGGAGCCCAAGCCCAAGGCGCACAAGUGGGCCAUAUUGUAUUUUGAUCCACAGCACGGUCGCAAGAUGCAUUACAACCAGGUGAGCGACUUUGAGCGCCAAGUGGUUUCCCAGUCCAAGAUGGUGAGCGUGAGCCUGGAAGACAAGGCCUGCAUUAGGGGCUUCAAGGACGAACGCAAUCUGGAUGAGUGCUUUGGAGAUCUCAAGAAGGGCCAGUGCGAUCUGGCCUUUGUGAUCAUACCGCAGUUCGGUGCGUCCUAUGACGUGAUCAAGCAAAAGGCCGAACUGCAGCACGGAAUCCUCACGCAGUGCAUUAAACAAUAUACCGUGGAGCGCAAGCUUAAUCCCCAAACCAUUGGCAACAUUUUGCUGAAGGUCAAUUCCAAGUUGAAUGGCAUCAAUCACAAGAUAAAGGACGAUCCUCGCCUACCGAUGCUCAAGAAUGCCAUGUUCUUGGGCGCGGAUGUCACACAUCCGUCGCCCGAUCAACGUGAAAUUCCCAGCGUUGUGGGCGUGGCAGCCUCGCACGAUAAAUACGGGGCCGCCUACAACAUGCAGUAUCGCUUGCAGCGCUCGGCUCUGGAGGAGAUCGAGGACAUGGAGUCCAUAACCUUAGAGCAUCUGCGUGUAUAUUACCAAUACUGCAAGUCGUAUCCUGAGCACAUUCUCUACUAUCGUGACGGUGUCAGCGAUGGACAAUUUCCGAAAAUUAAAAAUGAAGAGCUGCGAGGCGUAAAGGCAGCAUGCGCCAAGAUGAAAAUCAAUCCAAAAAUUUGCUGCGUUAUUGUGGUUAAGCGCCAUCACACUCGAUUCUUCCCGAACGGUGAGCCAUCGCAAUACAACAAGUUUAAUAAUGUGGAUCCCGGAACUGUGGUGGAUCGCACCAUUGUGCAUCCCAACGAGAUGCAGUUCUUCAUGGUCAGCCACCAGUCGAUUCAGGGCACGGCCAAGCCAACCCGUUAUAAUGUCAUUGAGAAUACGGGCAAUUUGGAUAUCGAUCUGCUCCAGCAGUUGACCUACAACCUUUGCCACAUGUUUCCACGGUGCAAUCGCUCCGUUUCGUAUCCAGCACCAGCCUACUUGGCCCACUUGGUGGCUGCCCGUGGACGCGUCUAUCUCACGGGUACUAGCCGGUUUCUGGAUCUGAAGAAGGAAUAUGAGAAGCGAAAGAUUGUGCCCGAAUUUAUGAAAUCUAAUCCCAUGUACUUUGUCUAGGCAGCGAGUGAAACUUCAAAGCCUUUUUUUUAUUGGUAUCACAUUUCUUAAACCAUAUACAUACAUAUAUUAUAUUGGAUAGAAGGUACAUACUUUGAGGAUUUCAUUAAAAGUGAUGAGUCUUUGGUGGCCUCUAAAUGGAAAA